GUGAAAUCCAAAUCGCGUCAAAUUGAAUUGUAUCGAUUAAAUUUAUUAUCAAUUAAUAAUUUGUCUCGUCGCCUUGUGGAGUGUUAAUUUAAUUAGGGAUCUUCACUUCGCAUUUGCGGAGACAGCUCAGAUUUUUAUUUUUGUUUCCGUUUUUGUGUAUUUCUAAAGAUUUUAAUUUUGUGGAUGUACAAAGUCAGCCAUGAAGUAUUAUUAUCUAGUCACCAUUUUAUUUUCUCUUAUCUGCUACCAAAUAUUAGCAGCUGUGCAGUUUAGAGAGGAUGUAGAAGACAAUGAAUUUGCAGAGUUUGAAGAGUUUGAUGAGGAAGAAGUAAAAUCAGCGAAGCCAUACGUGAAAGAAGCGCCACAAGCUCGGAAGAUCGAGCAAACGAUCGAAGAAGGAAAUGACUUCAAUGAAGAUGAUGUUGUUGUAGAGGAUGAUGAGAGUGAGAUUGAUCAUUUCAACGAUGAUGAAGAGUUCGAAGGGUUUGAUGGUGCAGAUCCCUCAACUAAGUCAAAAGAAGCACCCAAAAUCACCAUUACAAAUGUUCCUUUGCAUUUAAGAACAAAUUUCAAUAGUUUUUAUCUGGAAAUUCUCAUGAUCUCUGGUCUAGUCAUUUAUUUCCUCAACUUUUUUACGGGGAAAAGUAAAAAUAUCAAGAUAGCAACAUCUUGGUUUGAAACACACAAGUCCUUGCUGAAAGAAAAUUUUACCCUUGUUGGGGAUGAUGGGAAGGUUGAAAUGGAAAGUGAAACAUUGAUUAAAGAGUCAGACAGUGUGUUUACAUUAUGGUGCAGUGGGCGAACAUGCUGUGAUGGUAUGCUUGUCGAGCUAAAGUUAAUCAAGCGUCAAGAUCUGGUGGCUGUCAUUGCAAAUUGGAUGAGACCAUCCAAUGAUCAAAUUCACGUUCGCAUCGAUGUAACUAAAGAGGAUAUGGAUUCAUUUGUUCUUUGUAUUGCCAACAAAAAAAUGGCAACCAAGCUGUCAAAAGAAAUGAACGAUUUGAGCAUUUAUUGCCCAGAACGAAAACCAGGGGACAAGUUCCGUCUCUCUAAUAAUUUCAAUGUAAUGAGUGAAAUAUCAGAGGCAACCAAUGGAAUUUUGGACUCCAAAGUAACCAAUACCCUCAACACGUUUGCAAAAUACAUUGACUGUAUCCAUAUCUCUGAUCAAUUCAGUGGACCAAAACCAACUGAAGACGUGCCUGUUACAACUCAACCAGAAACUAAGAAAGUCAUGAUAUUUGAAUUCAAUUUUCCAUCAAAAUCCAAAUCUACAACUGAACUGACCGAAACUUCAUUGAUUUUAUUCCAUUUCAUAUUUUACAUUAUGAAUAGAGUGAAAAGGUUGAGACUCAGCAAAGAGAGUAAAGCAAAGGCUGACAAAAACAGAGCCAAAGUUGAGGAAUCAUUUUUGAAAUCCACCCACGCAGCCAGAGCAGAGGCUGCAGCAGCCAGAAAGGAGGAGAAGAAAAGACUUGAGAAAGAACGCAUCCUUCAGGAGGAGGAUCCUUUGAAGCAAAAACGAUGGGAAGAGAAAGAACUGAAAAGACAGAUGAAAAAGAAGACUCCCAAAAUGAAGCAGCUGAAAGUGAAAGCUGUGUAAGAUUUUGGUGUUCAAAGUUUGUCUUUACCUCAUUCAGGAGGAAUGAUUUGUUACUUGUUUGUUUUUAAUCAGUGUAAUGGGUAGCGUAAGAAAGGAGAUACGGUUUCUGUGGAACCAGGUAGGCAUAUUUGUAUUCUAAUGUAAGUAAUUUAUUCGGUAGAAGCUUUCCUUGAUAGUUUUUCCAUGAACUUGACUAAAAAGUCAUCAUUGUUAAAUAUGAAGCUCUGUUUUACUAUCAUGUAGCUCAAAACUUAAGGGGUGGAUUGAAAGAGAAGAGGCCUUUUUAGGCCUCACCCUAGCAGCAAAUUUUAGGUUUUUGCAAGUUCGCUAAUUUUUUCACGACAUAAUACAUAUGACAUUACAUAUAUGAUAGUGAUCAAAAAAAAAAUGAAAGCUAUCCAAUUUCCCGAAUCAUGAAAUUUUUUUAAGUAGGCUGUAUAAUUAAUUUGGUCUGUUUAUGGAAGUUUGCGGCAUCUGUUGCUAAAUUGUUCCAACUGUCAAACAAUGUCUCACUCAGGUGAAAAGCCCAAAAUAAGCCUCGUUUCAUUAUUGAAGUGCUUUGUUGUUUAGUGGCUUUAAAUCAUAAUGGUCAUUUCAAAUACUAAUCCAUUUUAAAAUUGGAACAUUUUUUAGCAUUCUGAUGAGGUCAAAGUCUCCCCCUCUUGCUUUGAUCACUGAAGUACUCUAGCAUUUUUUAUUCUUCGAGUACCUUGAAAUUCCAACCAAUUGAAAAGUAAUUGGACUUUGACAAUCAUGAACAAUUCCUUUUUCCUUUUUUUAUCUGCACUUCUUCAUAUAGAAAAAGUCAUGAAUCAUAAGGUUAGUUGUUGUGGUAUCAGUGAUAUUAGUCAUCAGUGAUUGUCAUUUUUCAUUUUAUUUCUUUUUACCGAUCAUUUGUCUCGGUAUUUAAGUGAUCUAAGGAAACUUUAUAAAAUGAAAAAGUUGAAUCUUUGUGGGAUCAUAAUGUUCAUUUUUCUUCCAGUUUCGUCAGAGGAACUUGAUAUUACAGACCACUGAUAUUAAUACAUACAUAGGACUCUCAGAAGUAAUGCAUUUCAAUGCGUAGGUAAUUGAAAAGUCGCAAUUCCUAAUUAUUGCAUUUUAGCCUAAGUUACCAAUAAAAAUUAUCACUUUUGGCAGACAUUCGAAUUGUCUUCAUUUUUCAAUAAUUGUAAUUUUAUUAGGUAACUUACGAAUGUAAGCCAAAUGUGUUGUUAGUGCCAUUUGUUGAAAGUGAUUUAUAAUCAGUUUGUCUGGCUUAUAAUAAGAAUUUGUAUUCACAAAUGGAACAUCUUGAUUUGCUUCAUUGCUAGAAGAUCAAUCACAAUUUUUUACAUGUUUGUUAGUUGCAAGAUAUUGCUAUCCUCCUUAUCAUGACUGCACCUCAGGUUUCUAGAAAUACUGAAUUUAAUGUGUCCUUUUGUGUAUCAAGGUAAUUUUUUUUUGGCAAGUGUCUGUAGCUGUGCACCUGCUCUUAAAUAUUUGUUUAUCUUACAACUAAAUCGAAUUUAUAAACCUAACCUCUUGCAAUAUAUGUAAUGACAAUCAUCUUUCAGCACUAAAUUCUGAAUCAUAGCCUGCUCAAACGCAGGAAAUCAUUAAAAUGCCUUGCUCUAACCUAGCAAGCCACAAAAAUCCAAAUCACAAGAAUUGAAGAUCUUUUUUAGUGUUUUUGGGAACAUAAUUGUUCUGAAAAAGAGAAAACUUUAUAUCUUUAUGAUGAUAAUGAUAAAGGCCUCAAUGAUUUGUCAUAAUGUACUUUUUACUACGCUGGUAUAGAAACUUAGUAAGGCAAUUCCAAAGUUUUAUACCUGAGAACUAUUUUUAUUAUUAAUCACACACCAAGACUUUUUAAUUUUUUCUGGUUUAGUUAGAGGAUGCAUGAUAGUUUUGUAAUUAUGGAAUUUUUUCUAGAAAAAAGUACCGCAGGAGCUGUUUAGUAUCACGCAGGUAAGUUACCCAGGGGAGGGGACCUGAGCCGGGCUCACAGCGUCUAAAGAGGUGUGGAGUACGUGCUCCCACCUGUAACAAAUAAUAUUUUCCCAUACAAACAAUUUUUUACGCCAAUUUUUCAGGUUUUCUGCGUUGUGGAAAAUUUUGGUGAGGAAGUCAGGGGCCAAGCCAGACUCAUGUUGUUCAAAAAGGGUGGUGAGAUAUUAUGGUUGGCUCCCCAGGGUUUUGAGGGGGAGAGGUCAAACAGUUGACCAAAAUAGCAUAUGCGUAAUACUCAAAUGGCUCCACAUUGAUUACUUAGACCUUGCCCUGUUGCAUGAGAAGCAAUUUUUUUUUUUUGUAUAAAAAUUUUGAAUCUUUUCUAUUAUUGCAUUUAUUUGCAUUAAUUUUUGUACUAUCCUCAACAAAAUUUAUAUUCAAUCAUUUGAGUUUUAUGGAGGAGCUAAUUAUUGACAGGAGAACAAUUAAACAGACCCAAGAUACUCUGAUGUAACUGAUCUACAUUUUUUUCUAGUGAAUAAAAAAAGUAACAAAAAAUUAUAUUCAUGAUCAAUACAACCUUGGUGAUCUUUUGCCUCACCGGUUAUUUAGGCACUCCUUUAAAAACUGCUAUCUACGUUCUCUAAAGAGGUUCAUCCAUCUGAUUUUUGCUGAAUGUUGAUGAUUUCAAUUUACCCUUUUUCCCAAUUUUAUUAUUUUGUAUAAGAUGUAAAUUCACCUCUUGUGUCUGAAAAUUAAACUCUUUUGUUACUUUA